AUGGCCACCCCCAAAGCCAUGACCAAGGCCACGCCCACGAACAACCCUACUACCACCUCCACGUCCAACAACAGAUCCACCCCUAACUACAACGCCGUCUCCACGACCACCACCAUAAACAUCCUCACCUCCACAAGCACCACGGCCUUGCCCACGUCCACGCCCACGUCUACAACCGCGUCGACCACCCACGUCGCCUCCAGAUCUAUCCCAAUCUCCAAGGCCACCCCGCCCUCGCCCACGCACGGCCACUACAUCACCUUUGCCGCCAACGCCAACUCCAUCCCCGUCACCACGUCCAGAACGUCCUUGCCCCCGCCUACCACCACGCCCACGGCCAACUCGCACAUCACCUCCAAGCCCACCACCAACUCCAUUCGCGCCUCCACAACCACGCGGGCCAGAAGAAUUAUCCAUCCAUAA